AUGUCCAGAAGAAGUUUGAUGAGAAAUGUAAGCUUAUUGUUCAAUGAUAUGAUUCAACAACUGAAGACUGAACUAGAAAAAAUUGAAUAUGCUUGCAUUACUGCAGAUUGUUGUAGUAUUUUUCACAGAUCGUAUAUGGGUUUUACAAUUCAUUGGCUGAACCCGAUUACAUUGGAACGUAAUUCUCGCGCCCUAGCUUGUAGGCGUAUGUUAGGGAGGCAUACAUACGAUAAUAUAGCAGAAAUAAUUGAAAAAGUUCUUACAGAGUUUGACAUACAGUCUAAAACCACUCUAAUUGUCACAGCUAACGCAGCAAAUUUUGUUAAAGCUUUCAA